CAACAAUAGAGGAACAAGGGCAGCAAAGUGUUCUACGAUACCGGAUUUUGGGCUAUCUCUGCCAUUUUCUGUGUGGCAAUGGCCGAGAUUCUUUGCCUAAUGGUGGCAGAGGAGAUGUCGGUCGUAUAAAAAGCAAGUGCUUGGCCUGAAAUCGAUAUCAGUUCAUUAAGCUCCAUUGCAAAAGUACGAAACACUUCCAGCUUAACCCAAUAACAGCAAUAUGAAAUUCCUCGUGUGCUUGGCUUUGUUCGUGGCUGCCGCUUCUGCCGGUGUUGUAGCUCCUAUUACCACUUAUAGUGCGGCUGUACCAGCAUACACCUCAUAUGCUGCUGCUCCUGCAUACACCACAUAUGCUGCAGCUGCUCCCGCCUACACAUCAUCGGUAUAUAGCGCACUGCCCGCUUACACUUCAUCGGUGUACAGUGCAGCCCCCGCCUAUACCUCCUCUGUGUACAGUGCUGCGCCUGCCUACACCACAUAUGCAGCUGCUCCAGCCGUAGCAGUAGCACCUGCCGCUUACGCCGCCCCUGCUGUUUACUCCACUCUGUUGAAGAAGAAGUAAAUUGUAUCCUUUGAGAUUGGAAUUGAUGAA